UGCAAAAUGACUACCAUUGCAGAUUUAUUCACCAAAUAUAAUUGUACAAAUUGCCAAGAUGAUAUUCAGGGAAUACGUGUGCAUUGUGCUGAAUGCGAAAACUUUGAUUUAUGCCUGCAGUGUUUUGCAGCGGGAGCAGAGAUUGGCUCUCAUUUAAACAGUCAUGCAUAUCAGUUCAUGGAUACGGGGACGGCGAUUUUAUCGGUGUUCCGGGGUAAAGGUGCCUGGACUGCAAGGGAAGAAAUACGCUUACUUGAUGCUAUUGAGCAGUACGGUUUUGGCAAUUGGGAAGACAUCAGUAGGCACAUUGAGACCAAAUCAGCUGAGGACGCCAAAGAAGAAUACGUCAAUAAAUUUGUAAAUGGUACAAUUGGACGCCAUACUUGGACUCCAGCGCAGGCUCAACGUCCAACAUUAAUCGACCACACAAGUGACGAUAAUGGACCAUUAGGCGCAUUAGCUCUGCAACGAUUACCGCCAUUGGACAUUACACAGGAAGAAGCAGCUCAGUUAGGAUACAUGCCAAAUCGUGACAGUUUUGAACGGGAAUAUGAUUUUACGGCAGAACAAUUAAUUUCGAAGAUGUCAUUGAAUGCCGAUGACACAGAAGCGGAUUAUUUACUUAAACUGUCACACGUCGAUCUGUAUACAAGACGACUUAGAGAACGUGUUCGUCGCAAGCGCUUGGUUCGCGACUAUCAACUUGUAGCAAAUUUCUUUCGUAAUCGCAACUAUGCUCAGCAUCCAGGGUUAACAAAAGAGCAGAAGGAGUUUAGAGAUCGUUUCCGGGUCUAUGCACAAUUUUACACCUCCGAUGAAUAUGAACGCUUGUUAAAUUCA